AUGGUUAACGAUUUAUAUAAUGAGCUUAUGCAGUUAAGCAAAGAUUAUAACGAUAAUUUUAAUUCGUUGUACAGACUACAUACUUACAAUGAAGAUGAAAUCAACAAUAUUUUCCAAGUUAUCAAAAGAGAAUUGAUACAAUCUAAAAUGUUCUUACCAUCUCAGCUCUUAAAAAUACUUUCAACGGCUUCAAAAUACAAUUGCAGAUAUUUUAAGUCAUACUGGUCCCUAUUUAAGAAAUUAUAUGAAGAGUAUCACCCAAGAGUCCCCAAACACACAUCAAUUCCUUUUCUUUACUUUCUUUAUAAAGAAUUCGGCAUAUUAAUUGACUACGAUAUUGUUAAGCUUGAAUCCCAAAAUUUUUCUUUAGAUGUUCAUGAAAAAGAUUCUAUUCACAGUGCAAUCAUGACCGAUGACAAAGAGUUAUUUAUAUCUCUUACAGAAAAAGAAGGUUUUAAUGAAAGGCAAAACCUGAAAAGUGAAUUUUAUCCAGAAUCAAAAUACGGAUAUUCUUUACUUGAAUUAUGUUGUUAUCAUGGCGCAGUCAAUUGUUUUAAGUUUCUUAGAACAAAGUUUAAACCAUUGAUUAAUUCAAAUUGCCUGAAACUUUCAUUUUUAGGGGGAAAUCCGGACAUAAUUAAUGAGUGUUUGAAAGAGACAAAACCAUACGAUAGCUGCAUGGAAUAUGCAAUUAUUUCACAUAAUAUCGACUUUGUUACUUAUCUUAUGAACGAACACAAUUUGAAAAUCGAAAUGGAAUAUUGCCAUAAAUAUAAUAAUCUACAAGCGUUUUUAGUUUAUUUAGAUACAUCAAAGAAUUACAAGAAGUGUUUUCCUUUUUCAGUUCGUUUCAAUUUUCCAUCUCUUUGCGAAUAUUUGAUAUCUCAUGGUGUAGAUAUAAAUACACGUGAUAAAAAUUAUUAUUCAGCCUUUUUUCAUGCAGCACAAUAUGGGAACAGAUUAAUUGCAGAAUUUCUUAUUUCACACAAUAUAAAUAUGGAUAAUUGCAAAUCUAAUUUUCAAAUUGCUGUACAAUCUGAUAAUAAAGAUAUUGCUGAGCUUCUUAUAUCGCGUGGUAUUGAUGUUAAUACAAAAUUUGAUUAUAAAAAAACAGCUCUUCAUUAUGCAGCACUUUCAGACUGUGCUGAGACAGUAAAAAUGCUUAUUUCACAUGGAAUAAAUAUAAAUGAUGUUAAUGAACUUGGAGAAACAGCUCUUCAUUAUGCUACAUAUUAUGAUAACAUAGAAACCGUCAAGAUUUUACUUGAAAGCGGUGCAAAUAUCAAUACCAAGAAAAACACUGUAGCUACAGCUCUCCACAAUGCAGUUGAUCUAAAUAUUGAAAUUGCCAAAUUACUAAUCGCUCAUGGCGCUGAUGUCAAUACUUUCGAUAAUAAUUCAAAAACACUUCUUCAUAAAGCAGCGCAAAAAAUCGGUAUGAUAUGGUUGAACUUUUUAUAUCAAAUGGAGCUGAUGUUACAGUAA